UCGAGGUGUGGUGCUUCAAGGGGUUGGCUGGGGCACGGAAACGGUACAAUUUUGGCAUGGCUGACCUUUUGCGCGGUGUACGAAAAUAUACAAGUUUGACUUCCGGAAAAUACGAUUUACUUUUAGAAGUGUCUUUUCAGUCCGUUGUUUUGUGUACGGUCGUAGUGUAGUGUGAAUGGCGUAUACCUGCAAAUUUCGCCAAUUUCGUUGGUGAGACAGGUUGUUGUCCCUAACUUGUGGAUUUGACGUUUCCUUUCACUUCAUGCCAGGGAUAUAAAUAAGUUUUUAAUUUGAUAAAGUCUGCAGUUUUUGUUUUUUUUGCUUAAUUGAAUUAGGUGCAGUUGUAUUUAUAGGACUUUCAAGUGACCAUUUUGUUGUAAAAUGAGAAAAAGGAACCGGAAAAUUGUCAUUUCUCCAAGAAAAUAAUUCAUUAAUUCACUUAUAACACGAUGUCUUUCUUUAAAAAUAUUAAAAAUGUACUGCAUCUUGGCGGCAAUGAUGCCAAAAAGAAAAAGGUUUAUAACAAUGUGCGCAUGGAUACAGAUCCAUUAGAAUUUUGGGAUCUUAUUGGAGAACUCGGAGAUGGUGCCUAUGGUAAGGUGCAUAAGGCCCAACACAAGCAUACGGGACAACUUGCUGCCGCAAAAAAGUGUCAGCUUGAUGGGGAAGAUGAUCUUUCGGACUUUAUGGUAGAAAUAGAUAUACUGACAGAAAUUAAGCAUUUAAAUGUGGUUGAGUUGCUUGAAGCAUUCCAAAAGGAUCAGUACUUGUGGCUACUUAUUGAGUACUGUGAUGGAGGUGCUCUAGACAGCAUAAUGACUGAAUUGGAAAAGCCUUUGACUGAACCUCAGAUUGCCUAUGUAUGCCAGCAUAUGUGCAAAGGGUUGCAAUUUCUUCAUAAGUCGCAUAUUAUUCAUAGGGACUUAAAGGCAGGCAAUGUGUUAUUGACUAUGGCGGGUGGAGUCAAAAUUGCUGAUUUUGGGGUGUCUGCAAGAAACAAAAGCACUUUCCAGAAACAUGACACAUUUAUUGGCACUCCCUAUUGGAUGGCCCCAGAAGUUGUGCUGUGUGAGACCUUCCGUGACAACCCAUAUGACUUCAAAGUUGAUAUUUGGUCUAUGGGUAUCACUCUAAUUGAAUUUGCGCAAAUGGAGCCUCCCAACCAUGAAAUGUCACCUAUGCGUGUGUUACUCAAAAUUCAAAAAUCUGAUCCACCUAAACUGGAACAACCAUCAAAGUGGUCAAGGGAAUUUAAUGAUUUUAUAGCAAAGGCUUUAAUCAAGGAUCCUCAGAAGAGACCUACCUGUGAGGAUUUAUUAAAGCAUGUAUUUAUUAAUUGUAUGUUGGACUCCAAGCCAGUAAAGGAAUUGUUAUUGGAGUAUAAGGCUGAGGUGGUUGAGGAAGAACUGACGGAUGAUGAUCCAGAGGACAAUCGGGCAUCUCAGGUUCCCCUGGACAUCGAAGACGAUUCUGCUUCGGUACAAAGCAACGAAGUGGAUGCUAAAGCCUUGGAAAUGGAAAGUCUGGUACCCAAUGCUGAAAAGAAACCAAAAAUGAACAUUGAUUUAAUUGAACCACCCAUCCCUGUUCCAGCAGAGAAGAGAACUGCGGAGAAAAAGGACGAGGUCCAAAGGAGGGCAUCACACGACAAAGGUCGAGCACCGCCUCCGCCGGUGCUUCCACCUCAGCCACUUGCACUUCCAUUGAACAAAGAUGCUGUACAAUUGGCUGUAAUUCCCAUUCCUCCUGCUCUUCCAGCUCCUCCAUUAGCAAUAUCAAAUGUAGCUACUUCUGCUUCUGACCAUGUACGCCUGGUCGAUAUACCGUUGCCGCCCCAUAUUGAGGACACCAAAUCAAAUGAAGACGGCCCCAGUCACUUACAUUUAAGUGAUGAAUCCGGUUCAGCUCGUUCCUCAGCUAUUGCCGAGGUUAAAAAAGCUUUAGAGAAUCAUCUAGAAAAACGGUUAUCCCAAGAAAAGGCGACAGUAUUCGAUAAAUCUGCAGAUUCUGUGGUGGUCAGUACUUCGAAUGUGUCGACUCCUGAGGACAGUUUGAAUUAUGUCACUGUAUCGACCCCGCAAUCGGAGCGCAGUAAAAAUAUGUCUACUAUUACAAUUAAUACCGAUUUUCCGGAUUUAUCCAACAGUUUAGCUUCAAAUAUUAGUCAGGUAACUGUUGUCACCACUCACCCUCCAGUGAUUAUAGACAACUCUCAAGUGGCAACCAGGGCGUCAUCUACAUCACCUAGCAACAAUAGUUCGAGCGAAGUUAUCAUUGUAGCCAAUGAGAAUAACAAGACACAUGUAGAAUCAUCGGAUGAUGAAUUCAGUCCCUCGUUUGACUCGCUGGAGUAUCCGCCUCCAAGCGAAUUCAGGGACAAACCUCCUAGCGGCAAAAGGCUAGACGAGAGUGAAGUUCUCAUAGCGGACUCAAGUUACGUGAUAAACGACUCUGGUUUGGCGGUGUCGGAGGAGAAUUCAAGACUGCUAGAUACUAGUCACGUGUCAGUUGUUAAAAUAGAUGAAGAGCAAGUGCACGUUAAAGAUUCGACUUCCUAUAUGCACGAAAAAACCACCGGUGAUAAUUUGAGGAAUUCCACUAGCGAUUUGUCCAACACUUCGUGCAAAACAGAUAGCACCAAGAGCGAGUACAGCGACGAACUUCGAGGAACCUCAAUAAUACUUGAUGGCUAUAAAAUGAAUGGCCGAAUUGUUCAUUCAACGAUGGGCGAGGAUCAUUUAUGUCAAUUGGAUGACGUGUUCAAGAAGAGCGGUUUAAAUGGAAGGGUUUAUCAAGACAAUAUGUCGGAUAGAUCCCACAGCGAUUGUGGAUCAGUUCGAAGCAAUGGAAGUUCCCACAAGAGACCAGUGUCGGCCAAUAAGUCGGACGCCGAGAGUAUUUCACUAGCCAGUCACGAAAGUCGCGGAAGUAACGAGAAGGACGUCGCCAAAAACGACACCGAUGAAGUGGAAGACCAGGUGGUGCUUCGGAAGCCGCCCAAGACGAAAGCAGAGACAGCAGCAAUGAUGAUUCGCAAGACGAGAAAGCGCACUAGAAAAUUUAUGAUCGACGGGGUUAUGAUUACAACUACCACAAGCAAAGUAAUCUAUGGGGACGAGGACGACCCUCAGUCAGAUCCCCAUAAUGACAGGAAACAGGAAUUGAGAGAACUAAAAUAUUUGCAAAAGCAGGAGCAGAAACAGUUUCAGGACUUGGCAACCAAGGAGAACCUGGCAUUGGAACAGCAGGAGCGCAAGUUCGAACAGGAACGUCUGAACCUUGAGCGCACGUACGAGAACGACCUUGAAAUGCUGAGCAGGCAGCAGCGGUUGCAAAUAGAGCGCGCAGAAGCACACCAGGAUGCUGAUCUCAGGGCAACGUCGAAAAAAAUCCGAGGCGAGCAGGAGCGCGAGCUCAAGCUUUUCCGCGAAGGCCUAAAGCAAGAACUGAGGCUGCUGAAGGCCGAGGUCGAUAUGUUGCCCAAGGAGAAGCGCAAAACUGAAUUUAAAAACCGGAAAGAAAAAAUGGACGCAGAUCACACAGAGCGGGAGAGGAUUUUCCUUGAGAAACUCAAUGAAAACCAUGAGGCGUCGCUUCGACGUCUGAGCGACGCCCAUAGAGAGAAGAUAGCUCUCAUGGAAAGGCAAUUCCUCCAACAGAAGCAACAGUUAACUAGGACUAGGGAAGCAGCAUUGUGGGAAAUUGAGGAGCGACACAUUCACGAGAAACAUCAGCUUGUUAAGCGCCAGAUCAAGGAGAUCUUCAUUUUGCAGAGGCACCAGAUGCUUACGCGGCACGAUAAGGAGAAGGAGCAAAUCAAAAAAAGAGCGUUGCGGAAAGAGGAAGAACUAUUGAAGAAACAGAGCAUUGAGAAGCGGAAUCUGCCAAAGCGCAUUAGGCAGGAGAUGAAGGCACGAGAGGCCAUGUUCAGAGAAUCAAUGCGGAUCUCAGUAUCGAGCAGUAAUGAUCCUGAACUCGAGAAGAACAAGUUCAAAGAGUUUCAGGAAAAAGAGAAAAAGCGAUAUCAAGCAGAGCAAGCACGGUUUGAGCGAAAACACCAGAUGCAGCUUGAAGAGAUGCGGGCGAUGAGCGAGGCCACUGUAAAGGAACUGGAGCAGCUGCAAAAUGAAAAGAAGAAGAUGUUGUUGGAGCAUGAAAUGCUCAAGUUGAAGCAGAGGGAGGAGCAGUACAUGACUGAACUGAGGGAGUGGAAGGCGCAACUCAAACCGAGAAAACAGAAACUAGAGGAGACAUUUAUACAACAGUUGGAGGAGCAGGAGCGGAUGUAUGGUCCGGUGGCCACGCCCUUAUUGCUACCCUCCGACUUGCCCGACUUGACGCCAGAGAGUUGCAGCCGAUUGGGCAUGGGCUCAACCCGAAGCAGUCUUUCAUCUAUUUCCGAGGGAUGAGUUGCCAUUUAGUCAUUGAAGGGGUGUAUAUAAGUUUAAAAGAUCGAAUUACUUUUUUACUGCAACUGUAGUAGUUCAAAUGUCCUAUACUUUGCCACGGGUUAAGUGUUCGCGGAGGCAUGUUUCCAUGUGUGAAUUUUUUUGGACUUUGCAGAAGAUGCCGUGGAAAUUGAGAGAAUUUUAAUUGCGUUUUUAUAUAAAGAAAUUUCUUUUUGUUUCUUAUUUGCAGGUAUUUUUUUUUAAAUAAAAUAAAUGGCGUUAUUUUGAAUUUCGUCUCGAGCGUGUUAGAACAAAAGGGCGGGACGAAUAUACUUGGGGUUCAAAUAUUGGAGAUAUAUAUUUUUCUACUAUGACAGCCAACGAUUACUACUUAAUAACUUCAUGAUGAACGAACUUUUUAAAUAUUUUUCCAGUUGGUUCUUUUUAAUCACUCAGCAGCGCUGAAUGAAAAAAUGUGGUAUGCAUUGGAAAACUAACGUUGUCCCCACAUAGCAGGUCUACCUUGCGGGAUUUUUCUUUUAUUACAAAUCUCGUUUUGCAGUGAACAAACAAAAUAAAAUUGAACGGUAUAAAAGUCAUUAAAAGAAACUCCCACUCUGUAUGCUAAACUUUGAAUUGGUAUAUUAGUAUUCACGCUGAAGCCGUCCAAUGGGGAUUUUUAUUUUUUUUUUAUUGUAUAUAUCAUACUCAGUAAUCGGAACAAUGUAUAGUGGAAGGGAGGGUCAUUCAUUAUUCGUUUUUGUAUUUCCUUUUUUCUUAUAUUAUAAAUAUUCAUAUUAUGUUUUUACUUAACACAGUGUCGUGCCGUUCUGUAUAAUACACACGUGUACAGUUUAAUAUAUUUUACUUUUUAAUGUGCAUAUUAUGAAUAUGAUUAUCAUUUAAAAAUUAAUAAUAAUAGA